GUGGACUUGUUAACAAGCCCAGAGGGGAGUUGACGGAAGAAGAGUGGCGAAUCGCUCGCGAGCAGUCGAUGGCGAGGAGGGACGCACUGCAUGGCUGUCCAAUUUGUCACGAAAUUUUUAUUCGUGGAGACCAGCUUUUACUCAGCUGCUCUCAUGUCUUUCACAAGGUUUGGAGCUCUUCACGGAUGGUCUUUUAGUGCCACGGAAAUCACAUCAGGGUGCCAAUAUUUGCAGCAAUGCUUGAAACGUUUUGAGAAGUUCUCAAGGCAACGCUGCUGCCCGGUGUGCCGGACCGAGCACUAUCAAACCAUGGCCGUGAGGAUACCAUCGACUUUGUACAAGAACUUCUUUGCAACAAGGAUACAGACGGCGUACAGGGCUUACAAGUGUCGGAGAGAUUACGCUGAGUACAAAUGGAGACAUCCACCUGAAGAUCCAGGCAAACGAAAGGAAUGGUUUGCAAAAAAGCUUGAAUCGGCUUCAAACCGACUGCUGGAUCAAAUGGCUGUAGACGAAGACAAUGUGAAGCUCCUCUUGGCCAGCAUCGACAAUACUCUGGCCAGCAGUAAGCAGAUUUACGAUGUUCUUGGCAGCAGAGAUCAAACGAAGGAGGUGGACAAUUUAAAUCUUAAUGAAGAAAGCGAUCUUAAUUGGCACCAGGUGAUCGAAAAGGCUAUUGAGAGAUAUGACAUUGAUUGUUCCAUUUGCAUAAUGCCGCUGCAAAAGGAUGGAGGAUCCAACCUUAGCCUGCUCAGCUGCAGCCACUUAUUCCAUAGCCAUUGCAUCUCGGAGUUUGAGGCGUUCCAUGCAUCGGCAGAGCUCUUAUGCCCGAUUUGUAGAACCAUGUACAAGAGAUUUAACUCUGGCUUGGAACGUGAAAAGGUGGUCCUGGGAUGUGAAAUGGUGGAAAACUGGAAGGAGGGAAAUGGAAACCAGGGUGAAAUGGUGGAAGAUGGCCACCAGGUGGUCCUGGAAUGA